AUGGUCGUGUGCAUGCUCAUCGACAUCGUCAUGAUCGUCACUAUCACGCUCGUCCUGUUCUGCUGUAUCCUCGUGUUGAUGCUCGUGUACAUCGUCGGCUUGCUCAUGACUCCCGUCAUCAGGACGGUUCGUGGAUGGUGUGUUCGUGAUGACGAGCAUCCCCACGAUCACGAGGAGAGGAUGAAGAUCACCGGGAGCGCAACGACGACCGAGCACCCGAUCAGGGCCGUGAGCAGCAAGACGGACUCGGACAGUAUGAUGAGCAGCACCGUGGAUGUACGCCGCACCUGGUACCUCUUCUGCCGCUGCUUCUCGUGGAGGUGGAUGCCGAUGAUCACAUACAAGUUCCCGUGCCCCUUCCCGUUCCUGAACGUGAACAUCGGCGUAGACGAGUCCACGCUCGUGAUGACGACCUGCAGGACCUGCGACAGACAAUACAUCGAGCAGAUGGCGAAGAUACCCCCCUACAACCGGGCGUCCAUGUUCAGCUCGUCGCACAUUUCCUCGAACAUCGCCAUGGGCAUGAACGAGUACCACAUCGCGUUGAGCCUGGGGCUCGGGAGGGUGAGCGUCCUGACCUGCGACAACCACGUUGCGUACAUGCCACUGAACAGCAUCACGGACAGGACCACGAACGAGUGCACCAUCGUGGACAUCGACGUCGAGGACCAGUCGAGAAGUGCAAGCACUGCCAGACGCAGACGAUGCCCGAGCUCAGGUUGUGCCUGCUGGGCAGGAGCGGGUUGA